GGCACAUGCCAAUGCCAAGGCUGUAAUACGAUUUGCUGAUUCAAAAUGCUUGCCAGGCUACGCAGGCUUGGUCCGGCCUCCCCGCUGGAUCUUCCCAGCCUGGAAAAAGCCACUUCCAUAGAGAAAUGCCAUGCGAAAGUCCUGCUGAAUGGACUGCAGCAGCUGCUCUACUUCCUGGUCGUGUUCUUGCUCUGCCCAGUGCUGAUCUUCUGCGGCUUCAAGUAUGUCAUCCUGGGCACCAGCGACCUGAAUGCAGAUAUUGGCUCGGGUGUGGCCACUGUGAUUGUGAUGCAUAUCCUCAUCGCCGUCUACAUCUUCCGCCUGGUCUUCCAGCAGGAGUUCUCGCGCAUGGAAAGGAUCGAAACGUUGUCCGAGUGGGAGAUCAUUCUGCAUCCGCAGGCCCACAAGCAACAUCCCGUUAUCGUUGUUCUGCUGCUGAUCUUCUACUGCUCUUUGAUCAUCGGCUUCCCCGUUGUCACCUUCUUUGCUCUGAAGUUUGUGGUGCUAAAGAAUUUCUUUCUCAUCGCCCACAUGGAUGCCGAUAUCAUAUCGGCUAUUGUGACCGUCAUCGCCGUUCAUCUGGCCGUCGGGCUCUUCAUCUACAGGGUGUACUCCACCACUCCCACCCCCACCACUUCGGUUAAGAGUGCCAAUGCCAAGAAAUUUUGAUUGAAUCCCCCUGCCCCAUUCCUCUAAUGACUGCACGAUGUAUCACAGCUCUCCUCCAAUUAAAGUACAUUGUACAAUUUCCUCAUCUGGUCAUAAUGUUGACCGAAAAUCUU